AUGGCAGACAAGGUAGAGUCGCGCUGCUGGCCUCUGGGGCCACAGGCGCCCCCGCCUCCGAAUCCGUGGAUAGAAGAGAUGCUUAAAAGAGUAUACUUCACUCCGGAUCUGGAUAUCCGUGGCUUGCUCGGCGAUGCUGUCAGUACUCCCCAGCAGCUCUCGUUGCCGGAUGUCUAUGACGCGCUCGAGAAGAUUCUCGUUUCCAUCCGUGACGAUGAACUGGAGACAGUCGAGGGGAGACUCGGUCCGAAGAAUGUGGCCUUCGACAUAAAUUCGAAUGUUGGCUCCCUAGUCAUUUCGCAAGAUCGACUCGGGGUAACGAGUCAGAGCAACUUUAAUACGGUCAAAGCCAAUUGCUGUGUCUACAAAGGAAGAUGGCAAUACGAGGUCUCUCUGGGGAGCAAAGGUGUCAUGCAGGUCGGUUGGGCGACCGCGGAGUGUGAAUUCAAUGAAGAAGAAGGUGUUGGCGAUACCAAAGACUCGUAUGCUUUCGACGGUAACCGGAUUCGGAAGUGGAACGUCUCGAAUAUGAAUUAUGGAGUAGCCUGGUUGGCAGGGGAUGUCAUCGGUUGCUGCUUGGAUCUCGACUCGGGGUCACUGAGUUUUUACCGCAAUGGUGUCUGCCUUGGAGAAGCUUUCAAGAAUAUCCGUAGGGGUCCUGGAUACGCAUAUUUCCCAGCUGUUUCACUAUCUUUCGGCGAAAAUCUUGUCGCUAACUUCGGCACUAGUCGAUUUCGCUAUCCGGUGGACGGUUAUUCGCCACUGGUUCCAGCAACCGACACCAGGAAGGGACAGCUUGUUUGUGAUCUACUCUACAAGGCGUUGAAGGUGUACGAAGAUGCUGAGAAGACCACGUUCAAGAAAAUGAGUGACGACGGAGCUCAAAUUCUCCUGAAAGGCAACUCGUCAUUGGCGCUCCUCGUUGCGGCUCCUGUCGUCGAGUACUUCCCCAUCGUUGCAAAGUCUCCCUAUGUAUUAGAGGCGACCUUGGUACCGCUCUUGGAAAAGCUGCUGGAAAAAGAUCCGCGUCACAUAGCAAACCUGUUGAACAUGUUGUGGACACUCUUAGAGUGGCAACAAAUUCAUUUAGCUUUAGAGAAGCUCUCCAACGUUUUAAUAAGCUCGUACAGUUUCGCAUCGUCCAGUUUGGACUACGGUCAUCAGAAGCGCGUCCUGCAGAUAUUCGUCAGCCUCUUGUCCCAUAAAUACACGAGGCGAUUCCUCAUGUGCAAGGUACUGUUUGAAAAAGGUCGCUUCUCUACUCUGAUGAAAGUCAAACCCCUAGACAUUCAACACCUCGAGCAGAUCGUGCCCCAAAUAUGGUUCGAAGUGGACGAGGAUCCCCCUCAUACGCCCGACGAUGCCUCCAGGAGAGCUUCUUACUGCCAAAGCAGGGAUAAAAUCAAAGCUGUCGUCUCGCAAGUUGAGGCACUCCAAAUUGAACUCCUCCAAAAGGUCACUCAGGACGAUGACAAUUGUCCCCCCCUGGGGCAAACCUCGAGAGAUAAAUUCCUCUGCGAGUUCGAGAAACUUCUGAAAGAGCACAGUUUGGCGCAUUCCGCUACGACACUCCAAUCGAACCUGUCCACAGUGGCGAUCUCGUAUCUACACAGGUUGAUCAGCAUCAUCCGACGUUGUCUCCCGAUUGUGAAUCCGGUAGACGGCUCUGAUCUUCGGGAGUCUUGUUUCUUCGUGCCUGUUUUUCAUUUCCUCGGUGAACAGUGGACAGCUGGGGACACCUCGCGUGUGGGCGGGCUGUAUUCUCAUCUGAAGACGACAUACGCGACGGAAAUGAAGACAAUGUUGAAUUCAAUGGCUUCAGUGCGACAGCCCGCUAGAGAUGACGUGCCGUACCAUCAAACCCUCCCCUUAGUGGAUCGGGCGAAGUUCACCGCCACCAUCAAGGUACUCAAGCUCGUCGACUCUGUGGUUCGGCUCUACUCAGCUGUCGUUCACGAACAACUUGAGAAAGCCGCAGCACUCCGCGAUAGCAUGAAGGAAUACUUGAAGGCGUACCGCCUGACGUUGGACGCAAUGGCGAAGGUGGAAGAGAAUAGCUUCGAGCAGGCACGACUUUCGUGCUCCAAAGAUGUUUUCAAGAAGAAACUCGACGAGCAAGCGCGUCAGAUGGCUUGGCUCAGCGCAACAAUGUUCUCUAGAGAGAAACAAGGCGAUCUCUAUUGGCUCCUCCAGGUUGUGCUCUUCACGCUCGAAGAAUCUUCGAAAACGGGGGAAUGUUUCGCCUUCGUUCCGGAUUUCUACGUGGAAACUUGCAUCAAAUUGUUCCAUUCGCUCACUAGUCUAUUCCCACCGACCUCAAGUCUGUCAGAGAUACCCGGUCACUACAAUCUGCAAGUCAGAUACAGCACCUUCCUCGCCAUGCACUUCUCGGAUAAGAGGGUGGUCAAUGCAGAUUUGAAAGAAACGUUGAUACAAGCACUCGCGCAACACGUUUGCCCACCGGAGACCCUCCGAUCUCUGGAAUGCAUGAGCAAUGAAUCGUCGCAGAUGAUGGUCGCUGCCUUACUGCGACCAUACGAUCGGGCCUGGGCUCAGUCCAAUUGGAUUCUUGUAAGACUGUGGAAGGGUUGCGGAUUCGCAUUCAGAUACAGUGAGGCACCCCAUCUCGUGGAGAAGAAAAUGUCUUUGCUGAAGCCUCGCGUCACUCCUGUCCUACCUCCGCAUCCACCGCCGUGUCCAUCUGUCUUCUACCAAAACUUGAUUUCGAAGUAUUUGGAAGAACACCCGACAAAUGCAUCUGCUUUCAUCGAAUCCGUGCUGACUCAGCUCAAUUGGGCUUUCUCGGAGUUUGUUUCGAUGCUGCAGGAAAUUCAAACGGCUCACAUCCGGCCCGAGAGAGUUUUGAUCGAUUCUCGUCAUCUGAAAGUGUGUUCCACGUGCUUCAAUCUGACGGUUGCGCUAUUGAGGGUUAUUGAGAUGAUCGCGAACUUGAGUCCGAACUGCCUCCUUCGGCCUGCGCAAGCAUCCUCCAUGUUUCUACCUCGUCUGUUCCAAACUCUCUCCCAUAUCCUGAACCGGGUCUGCUACGGGAAGGGCUGCUUCGAUCUUGUGGUUUCCCUCGACAUCAUCGGUCUUGAAAGCAUUGAUCAUUUCGUCAUCAUCAGCGCUGUUGCCGGCAUUCUGAUUGCAUUGCUCCUCAAAGGACCGAAAGAGAAUCGGGAGUUGGUUCUGCAAUGCCUUUUCCAAGAAUCCAGCUUCCAGCCUCAGAGCGUCGAAGCUUUUCUUGGAUUCCCCGUCACAACGAGUGCACCGACCAGCACCUCAUCAGUAAGCAAUCAGCGAACCACCACUGCAAGUGCAAAGACAACGGUGGACGGGUCUACUUUCUCUUUAGCUAACUACGGAGACGUCAAAGAAGAAGAGAUCGACCAGGUCCGCCAACUCAUACAGCUGAUCAAGAAAGCCUACGCGUCUGCGGGGUCUCAAUCGGAUGCCUCCGGGCUUCGAAAGCAACAGUCAAUCGACCAGGAUUCUGAAGACAUCUGCACAAUUUGCUACGCGGCCGUGAGAAGUGCCGUUUUCCAACCUUGCCUGCACGAGUCCUGCCGGGAUUGCAUCCAGCUUCAUCUAAUCAACCACAAAGAGUGCUUCUAUUGCAAGACUUUAAUCACAAAAGUUGAGACGAACCCACCGGUGGACAUCCCGGACAUCACACCGCAAAUUUGAAUGUGGCGGCUUGACAUCUAGAUCACCCUCUCCUGACUGGAGCUCCCCGCUCUCAGCAUCAGGCGGCUCUCCAGGGGACACGCUCUCGGCCGGACCUCAUCUUUGAGUCUUCCUUAAUGCUGCUCCAGCCGUGAUUCGAGGCGCCUGAUGGGCUUCGGCGAAGGCUUCCUCCCUAUUCUUGAGACUCGCAAGUCGCCGCUUGUCCUUGAUACUGUAGAUAAUGAUGCAAAUAAAAGAUACAGGAAGUUCC